AUGGGGUCUCAAAUGGCCUCUAUUACUCUCACUAUUGCAUUGACAUUACUCUCUCUCACUUUGCCUUCUCAAGCUAACAACUACAUCUAUUCAUCACCACCACCACCGGUGCACUCACCUCCUCCACCUUAUCAUUACAGCUCACCACCACCACCUGUGCACUCACCUCCUCCACCUUAUCAUUAUAGUUCACCACCACCACCACCAGAAAAGCCAUACAAAUAUCCUUCUCCUCCACCACCAGUUUACAAGUACAAGUCACCACCUCCACCGGUGUACAAGUCACCUCCUCCACCGUAUAAAUAUUCAUCUCCACCACCUCCUCCAUACAAAUAUAAAUCUCCUCCUCCACCUGUUUACUCACCACCAAUUUACAAAUAUAAAUCUCCUCCUCCACCUGUUUACUCACCACCACCACCCGUUUAUAAAUAUAAAUCUCCUCCUCCACCAGUUUACUCACCACCAAUUUACAAAUAUAAAUCUCCUCCUCCACCUGUUUACUCACCACCACCACCCGUUUAUAAAUAUAAAUCUCCUCCUCCACCUGUUUACUCACCACCAAUUUACAAAUAUAAAUCUCCUCCUCCACCUGUUUACUCACCACCACCACCCGUUUAUAAAUAUAAAUCUCCUCCUCCACCGGUUUACUCACCACCACCACCGGUUUACAAAUAUAAAUCUCCCCCUCCACCUGUUUACUCACCACCACCACCAGUUUACAAAUAUAAAUCUCCUCCUCCACCUGUUUACUCACCACCUCCACCGCACUAUGUCUACUCUUCACCUCCUCCACCUUACCACUACUAG